CACUUUGGGAGGGGGACAGGUUCGGUUUUGUGGAGGCUUGCAUCAGAGUUAGUUGACCAAAUGACUAUGAAACGUGAAGAGUAACAAAUAAAUAUCCGAAUGAAAAAUAUGUCCCAUCAUUGGGUACUUCUGCAUUGUUCUGCAUUUAUAAGUUUCUUUCCUGCAUUUCAGUUAUUGGGGCCUCACGUGUACACUGUUCCCGAUGUACAAAUCAGCCAUUCAUAGAGAACGGUCGGUUUGAACACAGCCAGUAGCUUGUUACAAUGCUGAAAGGUUUUUAUCGCACACAAAUUGCUAUUUAAUCGGAUUACUGGCAGAAACUGGUCUGACCUUUGUCUUUAAAAGCAUGGGUCACGCAUACGUUAGAUUUUGACAGAGAUCCAUGUUGGAGGAGUUUCCCGAUCGGAUGUGUUGUUCACUGUGCGAUCACACGUCUGUCUUUUCAAGAUCGUGAGGACUGUCCUGGAGCCUGGCCAGAGCUGCGAAUAAAAACCGAGCUUCGGCACUUGUAAAUACACAAGAUCAGAUACAGAGAAGCAUUGCGUUUCCCGUAGUGGAGGCGGAAUAUUAAAAUAUUGAUCGGCUUCAUUUGCGGGAAUGAGUUCUGACAAGACAGUGUUUGAAACGUAUCUUAGAAGAGGUUGAACUGGAUGGGGAAAAAGAUGAUUGAAUUGUGAACUAGAGAGAGAGAGAGCGAAAGCAAUGAAUUACGUUUCUACUCUUCACGUCAGACUGCAGAAACCUUCUCAGCCGCCGGACGACAGGCGGGAUCCAGCCGGCAGGGUUACAUCGCCGGCAGAGCCUGAAACUGGAACUCAGAGACAGGUCUCUGAGAAAGCCCCGGCAGAGCGUCCUGUUUUCACAAAGCUCCUGACAGAUGUCACUGCAGAUGAAAGCAGCACCAUUUUACUGUGGGGCACAGUUGCUGGAAAGAGUCCAAUUACCAUCUCCUGGUUUCUAAAUGGUAAAGCUGCAAAAUUUGGCCAAGCUUCGUUCAACAAUGGUGUUGCCCAAUGGGUGAUUGAGGACUGUUUGCCUGAAGAUGCAGGCACGUACAUGUGCGUUGCAGAAAAUGCCUUGGGAAAAGCUUCAAGCAGUGCAACAGUAACAAUUCGAGACUUUGAAACUCUUCAGCGUUCAAAGCAUUUGCCCAAACAGAUGAGAAGUACAGAUGGUGAUGGAGGGCUUGAUGAGACCCGUUCAGAACACAGAACAAAAAGUUACAGUUUGCAGUCCCAGGAUGAACCAAGUCAAUUUUCAACUGAUCUUUUGUGUCCAGAUGAUGUGAAUCAAAAUACUAGGAACAGAAGCUUUCCUAAAGAUUUAUCCCCUUUGAAGAAGAAGCCGUCUUCAAAAUCAGGGCCGCCUCGAUUGUUGGCGCCACAGACUCAUGUGGAGGUGAAGGCAGGGCAGCGAGCUGAACUGACUGUUGGGAUUGUAGGAACCCCUCCCAUUGCUGCAACAUGGCUGAAGGGGAAAACCCAGAUUGUGAAUAGCUCUCAAAUCUCUGUGGACACGACCAAAGCUGGGACCAAGCUCGUGAUAAGAGCUGUGGAAGUGAGUGACGCUGGACUUUACACACUUGUGGUGAAAGACCAAAAUGGGAACGUACAACAUCAGAUCCAUUUGGCUGUUGUAGACAGGCCAGAGCCUCCAGUGGGGAGGCCUUGUGUCUCUGAUCUCUGCAAGAAUUCCCUCAACCUGUCCUGGUCAGGCCCAUGUUACGAUGGCGGCAGUGCUGUCAAGAACUAUGUUAUUGAGGUGAAGCAAUCUGGUGAUAAGGAAUGGAAAACACUGACCGAUUUCUGUUGUGACACAUCGUAUCAUGUGGACAAACUGAAACCCGGUGUAGAGUACAUCUUCCGUGUUUAUGCAAUGAACUCAUAUGGCAUUAGUGAAGUAGGUGAAGAAUCCAAGCCCAUCAAGAUUACCACUGAAGAAAAAGAAGAGGAGGAGGAGGAGGAGGAAGAGGUAGCAGUUAAUGUGAUAAUUAAUACCUCUCAGAAGCUAACUGAUCUGUACAUACAACAGGAAUGUCUUGGCGUAGGAGCGUUUGGUAAGGUGUACAAGUUGUUGCAAAAAUCCACUGGAAAGAUCCGAGCAGGCAAAUUUUACAAAGCCCGCAGUCUUAAAGACAAGAAAAGUGCUCGUGAUGAGAUAGCAAUUAUGAACUGUCUACACCACACAAAGUUGGUGCAGUGUCUUGAUGCCUUUGAGAGUCGGACGGAGAUUGUCAUGGUGAUGGAAUAUGUCUCUGGAGGGGAGCUCUUUGAGCGAAUCGUGGAUGAGGAUUUUGAGCUCACGGAGCCAACAUGUGUUUCGUACGUCCGCCAGAUCCUGCAAGGGGUCCACUUCAUGCAUCAGCAAAAUAUCGUGCACCUGGACCUGAAGCCAGAGAACGUAGUGUGCGUCAGUAAGGACAGCACGCGUAUCAAAAUCAUUGACUUUGGAUUGGCCCGAAAACUUGAUGCAAAUGAUGUGAUGAAAGUCCUGUUUGGGACACCAGAGUUUGUGGCACCAGAGGUCAUCAAUUACGAUCCAGUAGGAUUCCCCACAGAUAUUUGGAGCAUUGGUGUCAUCUGUUAUAUCCUGCUGAGUGGCUUGUCUCCGUUCCAAGGUGACAAUGACUCCGAGACCCUAAGUAAUGUUACUGCUGCUUCUUGGGAAUUUGAUAAGGACGCAUUUGCUGAGAUCUCUGAAAAUGCAAAGAAUUUUAUCACUUGUUUGUUACAGAAGGAUAUGAGAAAACGUUUAACCAGUGGAGACUGCCUAAACCACCCAUGGCUUCAGAUCAUGGAGAAAGGUUCAGCCAAGAUGCUGUCAAAGGCGAGAAUGAAACGGUUCCUAGCCAGGCAGAAAUGGCGGAAAGCAGGCAAGGUACUACUCGCUCUCAAAAGACUGGCUUUCCCAUUAAACAAGCAUGAUGAUGCAGAAUCUGUGGCUGAUUCUCCAGACAAAAAUGUGUUGAGUCCAACUCAACACGAGAAGGUGUUGUCUCUCAUGGAUGAGCAAAUUCAGAGGAAACCAUUGUUCACCAAAGCCCUGAAGGAUUCGGAAGAGCUUGAAGGCAGCGCAUCCUGUUUACAAUGUCACAUUGAGGGUUAUCCUGACCCUGAGGUGAUUUGGUACAAAAAUGGUGAUCCACUCACUGAGUCGUCACAUUAUCAGAUAGACUAUCAAGAGGAUGGGACCUGCUCACUGAUCAUCACGAAUGUCACUCAGAAAGACUCUGGGAAUUACACAUGCAAAGCAAUGAAUGCAUUGGGUGAGAAGACUUGUUCAGCCAGAUUGAUUGUUUACCCCCUGGAGCUGGUCCAUCGCAGAUAGAAACAUGGCAUCAAGAGAUGAACAAUUGUACAAUAUGUCUGCUACCCAGAACUCAGUCCUCAGUAUCAUAAUGCACGCAGCAGUUAUCAGUGACAGAAGGCAACUAGGUGACUUUUAAUGCCCACCAUUACUCUUAGGUGAGAGGUUGUUAUGGAAACACUGUUAGGUGGGUGUGACCCUCAAUGUACACACCACAGCAAAGCAUGAAAAUUUCAGGGAUUGAAAAUCAGACUUUCAGCUUUCUCAGUUCUUAGUUUGUGUUGAAUGAAUAGGCACUGCAGUGUGAGGGCUGCCUUUAUAAGCUGUUUCUCAGCCAUGAUUAGAGCUCAUUAAAUGCAGACAGGAUUAACUUUUCAGGCUUUCAAGCCAUUUCACUCGUUCCUUGCAGCCAGAUUCUUGCUGUGUCACCUCUUACCUUUGAUUUACAGAAGCUGAAGGUUAAGCAUUUGAUGGCAUGAUUCCAAAAGUUAGGCACAGGAUAUUUUAAACAGUUAUUGAAUAAAAUGGUAAAAGUGAACACAACUGCUUUUGUGGUCCAACUCUGGACAACAUAGAGGCACUACUGCAUCUUUUGAAAAAAGACAUUUUAAAUGUUUUUUCAUGUUUUUAAUUUUUUACUGCUUUAAACUAGAUGUGUAUCCUGUUUAGUUUAGUCUCUGAUCUUAGCCUAGGUGAGCAGAGUGCAAAGGCUGUGGCAAAAGCAAGCAGGUGUGCAGUGUCUAUCCUAGUGCAGGCACUCUCUGCACCUGGCUUUCAGCCUGAAGAUCUGUAUCCUAGAAAGGUGAAGAGAAAAGGCUUAAAUUAAGGCAAAACAUGAGAGAGGACUGUGAAGAAAUCAUAAGGUUAAACCUUACUCAAAUACCACAACAGUUUAUGCAGAGUGAUCUCAUCACCGGAAUCUCAACAAGUUGUGGGCUCUGCUGGGCUCUGUCACUUCCUGCAGCAGCCCCAUAGCAGAUGAGAAUAUGAGAUAAUCAUCCUGUUUCUGAACAGUUAGAACUUGGCCUUUAUCUUUAACCACUGACACCAGUCAAUAGAUCCCAUAAGCUGAAGACUUAUCAACCUCUGCCUUAAAUAUACAUAAAGGCAUGGCCUCCAUAACUGCCUGUCGCAAAGAAUUUCACAGAUUCACUACUCCCUGACUAAAGAAAUUUCUUCUCAUUUCCAUUCAUAGGAAACAUCCCCUCCAUAUCCACUCUAUCAAGUCAUUUCACUAUCUGUCUGGUUUCAGUAAGGUCACCCCUCAUUCUUCUGAACAGCGAAUACAGCCCCAGAGACUUCAAACGCUCUUCAUAUGACAGGCCAUUCAAUCCUGGAAUCAUUUUUGUGAACCCUUUAGAACCCUCUCCAGUUUUAGCACAUCUUUUCUAAGAUAAGGGGCCCAAAACUGCUCACAAUACUCCAAAUGAGGCCUCAACAGUGUUUUAUAAAGUCUCAACAUUACAUCCCUACUUUUAUACUCUAGUCCUCUUGAAAUGAAUGCUAACAUUGCAUUUGCCUUCCUCACCACAGACUCACCCUGAAAAUUACCCUUUAGGGAAUACUACACAAGGACUUCCAAGUCCCUUUGCACUUAAGUUUUUUGUAUUUUCUCUCCAUUUAGAAAAUAGUCAACCCUUUCAUUUCUGAAAGUGCAUAACCAUACACUUCCUGACACUAUAUUCCAUCUAUCACUUCUUUGUCCAUUCUCCUAAUCUGUUUAAGUCCUUCUGAAGCAUCUCUACUUCCUCAAAACUACCUGCCCCUCCAUCUAUCUUCAUAUAGUCUGCAAACUUUGCCACAAAGCCAUCAAUUUUAUCAUCCAAAUCAUUGACAUAUGACGUAAAAUGAAUCAGUCCCAAGACAGACCCCUGAGGAACACCACUAGUCAAUGACAGCCAGCCAGAAAAGGCUCCCUUUAUUUCCAUUCUUUGCCUCCUCCCAACCAGUCACUGCUUUAUCCAUGCUAGUAUCUUUCCUGUAAUACCAUGGGCUCAGAGCUUGUUAAGCAGCCUCGUCUGUGACACCUUGUCAAACGUCUUCUGAAAAUCCAAGCACACAACAUCAUUUGAAUCUCCUUUGUCUAUCCUGCUUGUUAUUUCCUCAAAGAAUUCCAGCAGGUUUGUCAGGCAAGGUUUUCCCCUGAAGAAACCAUGCUGACUACGGCCUAUUUUAUCAUGUGCCUCCAAGUACCCUGAAACAACACCCUUAACAAUCAACGCCAACAUCUUCCCAGCCACUGAGGUCAGACUAACAGGCCUAUAAUUUCCUUUCUUCUGCCUCUGUCCCUUCUUGAAGUGUGGAGUGACAUUUGCAAUUUUCCAGUCUUCCAGUACAAUUCCAAUAUCUAGUGGGUCUUGAAAGAUUGUUACUUAUGCCUCCACAAUCUCUUAAGCCACCUCUUUCAGGACCCUGAGGUGUACACCAUUUGGUCCAGGUGAUGAAGUUACCUUCAGACCUUUCAGUUUCCCAAGAACCUUCUCCCUAGUAAUUGUAACAUCACGCACUUCAUGACCCCUGACACCUGGAACUUCCAGCAUAUUCUCAGUAUCUUCCAGAGUGAAGACUGAUGCAAAAUACUUAUUCAGUUCAUCCACCAUUUCCUUAUCCCCCAUUACAACCUCUCCAGCAUCAUUUUCCAGCAGUCCGAUAUUCACCAUUGCCUCUCGUUUAUACUUUGUAUCUGAAGAAACUUUUGGUAUCCUCUUUAAUAUUAUUAGCUAGCUUAUUUUUAUAUUCCAUCUGUACCUUCUUAAUUAAUUUUUAGUUGCCUUCUGUUAGUUUUUAAAAGCUUCCCAAUUCUCCAACCUCCCACUAAUAUCUGCAGUUUUUUAAGAGCCCUGCACACUUUAAUGAAAUCUAUCUUUUCUAAUUUAACAGUCUUGCAUUAAAACUCAAAUAACAAAAUUGUGAUCUUCCAUCCAUGCCAUAAAGUUACUCUUAAACCUUGCAUGAUUAAGCAUAAAUUGAUACCAUAUUCUAUGCAGCUUUGGUUAAGAACUUGCUUGCUUUCAGCUUGUAAAAUCUUGAUGCAGAUUGAGUAACACCCUCCGUAAUUCCAACAUCUAAAAACCUCUGGAAUCCAAAUUUUCUUUGAGUUGCUGACAUGGUGUCACAAAUAGAAAGUUCCACCAGGCACUGGUAAAGUUCCCAGGCAAUGCACAGAUCUCUGCGCACCAUGGACAAUUCUGAGAAAUGAUCUCCCAUGUGUAAUAAAGAAAAAUGUUGUAUAGAGCAAACAAUGAAGAUAUCGAAAGAUUGUAUUGAAAGAUUGGUUUCAUCACUGUCAGAGUGAACACAUGCCACUUAAUGGUCUGCUGAUCAAGAAACAAGCAAAGGCUAUCAAGAUGAACUGAAAAUCGAAGAUAAUUGUGAAUAUUCUGCAGGCUGGUUGCAAAAAUUUAAGAAUAAGCAUGGCAUUAAAUUUUUAAAGAUUUGUGGUGAUAAGGUAUCUACUAAUCACAGAGCAGCAGAGAAAUUUAUUGAUAAGUUUGCCAAGAUCAUCAGUGAUGAAAAUCUAACACCCUGAACACUGUUAAGUACAUACGUGUGAUGAACAAGUGUAAGACAAAGACUGCUUACUGGUAGCACGUAAAUUCAUAGUUGGAAAUUAUGGCGAUCCCAACUAUCUCAUUAUAUAUUCCUAAAUCCCAAAAUACAAGCCUUUUGGAUAAGGGGUACUCAACCUGUAAAACAAUUGUAUUUUGAAAGGGUUUUAAUCAGGCAUCAUAAUAUCUACUAACAUAGUAUAUUUUUGCAUAAUUAACAUUCUGGAGCUCAUGUUAUGAUACCUGUGCAUUGUAAAGAAAGGUUCUUGGGGCAAUUUGUAUUCAGUGUUAUGUCAGAAUUCAGCAAUAAAGUCAAAUAUUAUGAAGACUUUACAAGUAAAGUUAAAUAGUUAUCAAAUGGCUUUUGCCAACAUCAGAUGUUGUCAUUUUGUCUCUGGUAUUUGAGGUCAAGUUUUGUUGUAAAGUUUGGUGCUCUGGUAGAAUUCGCCCUCCUGAAUUCCUGAGUGUUCUUGACUUAAUGCCGCAGUGUACCAUCUGCUCCAGUCUUGUCACCAGUUUAGACUGAUAUUAGCUGAAAAAUUCAACUGACAAGCAAUAAGGUCUCAAAAGAAGAUGGCAUCCCUGCUCACAUUCGAAAAUUGGAUGGAGAGAACCUUCAAGUAGCUUCCUCUUCCAAUGCUAAGCAGGGGAGGACAUGCCAGGGGACCUCCAGAUUUUUUCAAUUGAGCACCCCAGGAAAGAAAACACUUAAUUGUGGGCAUCUCUGCUUCCUGCCACAGGGGAAUUUAUCACCCAGGAUUCUCCUCAACCACUUUUCCCAGUGGCCAAGAAGCUGCUUCUCAACAUCCUUUGGAAAUAAUAAUUUUAUUGACCAUCUACUUCUCCAUUGACAGCAUUCUCACCAUUGGCCAGAACCUAAAAUGAAACUGGCUCCUCAAAUACUUCCCUUCAUUUAUCAUGGUGCACCUUAAAAUGCAUUCUCCCUGCCUCUGUGCUUAAGAAGCUCAACACAAUCAAGGGAAAAGCAGCCUAGUUGAUAUGCGCCCAAAACACUCCCUCCCUCCAGUGGCUGCAAAACACAUUUCAGUUAUUUUCUGGGGGUGACCAAUGGGACCUCUCCAAUGACCACCUGAAAAUACCAGGGUGUCAGACUCAUUGGUAAACCACCAUUGUAUUUUUCCCUGGAAUUUAUGCAUCACCCUGGUUUGAAAAUAUAUCUUCAUUCUUUCACUCCUGGGCCUAGGUUGUAGACUGUAGUACAACUGCUAGAACCACUGCUUCAGAGUGCAAGAGACCUGGGUUUGAUUGCAGAGUGUGUGGGGUUUAUCUGCUCUCUCUCUGACCAUGGGUUUCUUCUGGAUGCUCUGGUUUUCUCUCACCGUGAGGUAUGUGGGUUUGUUGACUAAUUAGCAACUUAAAAUGGCACCUAGCAUGUACAUGGGUGAUAGAGUCUGAGGAAGGUUGCUGACAGCAUGGGGAGAAUAAAAAUGAGGAUUACUGCAAAUGGAUGGUUAAUAGCACCUACUUGGUGACCAGACAGGCCUGUUUCCAUGCUGUGUCUCUCUAUGAGUCAAUGGUAAGCAUUUCCCUUUGGAAUAGUUGGGAAGGGCCAGAGGAAUUUGGCCUGCAGACUCUAUUCUCGCAACCAAAUACUGAUGUAAAUUUCACCAUGAAGCCAGCCUUAGAAAUUUUGUCAGCUAUAUCUUUGAAAAGUUAUUAAACGUGAAGUGAUAGAAGCUAAGGGAAACUAUUUCAGCAGCUCUGCUGAGUAAGUGAUUGUGAGGCAGCCCACAAUAUUGCACAUAAGCUACAUUCAGCUAACUCUUAUCAGUGGGAAUAAUAAAUCCCGGGGAAUAACAUCAUAACAGCACUAAAACUAAUGUGUGUUUUCACUGGAUGUUCUCGUUUAGUUAUAAGAAUGGGGGCAGCAAUAGUACCACAGCUACCUCACAGUUGCAGUGAUUUUGGAUGCUGAAUAUGUUGAGAGAAUGGAUACUCUGGCUGAUUCAGUGAGAGAAAAAGGACUGUGGAUGAAAGCUGGGUUUAAAUAGGCUGCAGGUGACAAGCUGGAAAUGAAUGGCAGGUGACUCCUGUCUGCUGAGUGGAGACUGGGAGGUGCCUGUCUGUGCAGGCCUGACAAUAUGGUUUUUCCCCACAUCUGAAAGGCUUUGAGUUGAUUGGCUAUUGUAAAUACACUAGUGUAGAUGGGUGAUUGAAUUGAUGGCAACAUGGGAAGUCAUAGAAAGUUGGCAAAGGAUUGAUGUUGUUUUGUGAGCAACAUUGAUCGCUGGACUGAAUGCACCAUUUGUAUCAAAUCAACAACAGCAACCUGCAUUUAAUCAUAACCUCUAAUUGAAGGAAACAGUUAAUCCGACCCUUUUAAUGCUCAUGUUUUUUUUCCUGCAGUUAAUGAAUAUUUAUGCAAAAGAAGACAAUCAAACAGAUUGUUUUAAAUGCUUGUAACUAAAUGACAUUUUGGCCAAAA